AUGGUCGAGCCCUUCAGAGAUCCUGAUGUUCCCUCGACGUUCUACAAGGUGAUGUGGGUGGCUUUGCUGGAUAUUCUCUGGAUCAUUGGGAACGCCGAUGGAUUCUUCGGUUCGAGCCCUGGACACGGCCAGACACAUAGCAGCGCGGACGGCGACGUAGAUCCCGGCGUCAUCUGUCCUCCUCUGACCAAAAGGUUUUGGGACAUGGUGAGGGACGAUCUGGGGCACAUCUUGGUGAAAGAUCAAGGUUUUUGCCUGGAUGAAUCGCCAGGAACGCGGAUGCCAACUGGUGGCGAUGUGGCUGUUCGGGACGACGAACGGUGCCCGGCAGCACCACACCAAUCGGCCGCACGCACAGCUCACACAAGCCAGGGACACGUACGUUGCCGCGUGCCAUACACACGAACGCAUCUGCUGCAUGCGCGUAGUGCGAGUGAGGCGAGGCAGCGAAACUUGGCAAGGAUGAGUUCUUUGCAUUGGCAGGAAAGCUACGUGAGGAUAGCCAGCCGGCGGUGGCGGCGGGGGACGAGGGGGUUCCGGCUGUGCCCGAGGAACCGGUUCUCCGUGCGGCGGCUGCGGGCCGAGAUGCUCACGUUCCUGGGCCUCGUCGGCCGGUACGUGGGCCUGCUCGUGAGGAGGCUGUCGACCAGCAGAGGCAGCGGCGCCGGCAGCAGCAGCAGCAGAUGCGCACGGAGCGGCAGCAGAAGAGUUCUCGUCGCGGGGAAGAAGGACGCGGCGGCAGGAAACAAGGCGCCGCCGAGGACGGCGUCGUUCAUGCGGUCCAACUCGUUCUACGCGCAGGCCAUCGCCGACUGCCUCGAGUUCAUCAAGCGCAACUCCGUGCCGGUCGAGGACUACGGCAGCGUUAGCGCCAGGAGGUAGCAGACCUUGAGGCUCCGUUUUGGAUUGGAACAAGAACAAAAAAAGUGACAAAAUGAUGUGUUGUGUGUGUUCACAAAUUGAGCCUACAUAUGUGAACUAGAAUUACUGAUACAUACACGUCCACACGGCUGUAACACGGCGUGUGGAAUUCGAGUUGCAUAUCUUGAAUCCCCCUGUGCAUAUGUUGAAUUUUUUUACAUGUUCCUUGGUGCACGGUACCACAUUUUCCAUUUGGCGUACGUGUUAAGAAAAAAAAUAUCUUGUACGAGUAGACCUUCUUGAAAGUGUUAUUUUAGCGAACCACCGUUCAGAUCUAACGGGUUUGAUUUGAGAAAAAAAGU